AUGAAGGUUUCCAACGCCUCGCUCCUUGCGCUGCUCCUCCCGACGGUCAGCGCGCGCUUUAUCGAGCCUGGCGAGACGGACCGGGUGAUGCUCUAUCCCGAUGGCAUUCCCGAGGCCCCAAAGAGCACGCAGAAGUUCCUCAUUGAGCUUGCGCCUGGCGAGACAAGAUGGGUGACGGAGGAUGAGAAGUGGGAACUGCGCCGUGCCGGCAGGCGAUUCUUCGAUAUCACCGAUCAUCAAGAUCUUGGCAGGCUGCGGACUGCUUCCAAGAAGAAGAGCGUCUUCCCGGAGACGGUCACUCAACAAAAGGCAGUCAACCCGCUCCUGGAACAGCUGUCCAAGAAGCAGAUGGAAGACCACCUCACAACUUUCACUGGUUUUUACACCCGGUAUUACAGAUCUGAUGAAGGCCGCAAGUCCAGCGAAUGGCUUCUUAGCCAAGUUCGCCAGACGAUCAAGGAUGCCAACGCCGAGGGAUUCGUUCGGGCAGAGCCCUUUCAGCACUCAUGGGGCCAGAACAGUAUCAUUGCCACAAUUCCAGGCCAGACCAACUCAACAAUUGUUAUUGGCGCUCAUCAAGACUCCAUCAACCUCUUCUUCCCCAGCUUCUUGGCGGCGCCCGGUGCCGAUGAUGAUGGCAGUGGAACUGUGACCAUCUUGGAGGCGUUCCGUGUGCUUCUGCAGUCACAGGAUGUUUUGCAGGGCAAGGCGCAGAACACGAUCGAGUUUCACUGGUAUAGUGCCGAGGAGGGCGGGUUGCUGGGUAGCCAGGCUAUCUUUUCCGCAUAUGAGAAGCAAGGCCGGGAUGUCAAGGCCAUGCUGCAGCAAGACAUGACCGGCUAUGUUAAGCGCACGCUGGAUGCUGGCAAGCCCGAGAGCGUUGGCGUCAUUGUGGACUACGUGGAUAAGAAUCUGACGGAGUUCAUCAAGAAAGUAAUUAAGGAGUACUGCACUAUCCCCUUCGUCGAGACCAAGUGUGGCUAUGCCUGCUCCGACCAUGCUUCGGCUUCCAAGGCUGGAUACCCCUCUGCCUUUGUGAUUGAGUCUGACUUUGACGACUCGGACCCUCACAUCCACACAACCGAUGACACGAUCUCGCACCUGUCCUUCGACCACAUGCUGCAGCACGCACGCAUGACGCUGGCGUUCGCAUACGAACUGGCCUUUACUGACUUUGUUGCUCUUGAAGAAGCCAAAUAUUUCAAGCACGAUGAUUCACUGUGA